AUGGCGACAACGAACGACGAUAACAGCAACUUUGCGAGCGCCAUUCAGUUCUGGAAGGGUGUCGGUCUUCCCAAUUUGCAACGACAACUGGAUCAGCAAGGCCUUUCAAUUGUUGAGAACCAAAAGGAUGGUCUUGUUUCACGCAAAAAGCUCGCUGAACAGACAAGAGAAUUCAAAAAGCUUCCUGAUGACGACAAGUUACAGCAAUUCAAAGCGUUACUCAAAGGCUAUCAAGCAGAGAUUGAUAACAUCACUCGACGAACCAAGUAUGCCGAGAGCUCGUUCUUGACAUUGUACAAGGUGCUUGCCGACGCACCGGAUCCUGCACCUUUGUUCGAGGCGGCCAUUGAUCAAAGUCUCAAGAACGUUGAUUAUGACUCUAUCAAGAAAGAGAAUGAUGCGUUGCGAUCCGAAUUAGAAGAGGCUCGUCGACAAGCUGAUCGCCUAUCCUCUGUGGAGAAAACAAACCAAGAUCUUCAACAAAAGCUGACCAAAUUGGAGAAAUCGUCUGAUGAGCGGCGUUCAGAGGAAUUGUUGCAAAAGGAGCAAGAUAUGAAACAACAAUACAAUGACAAGAUUCGAUCAUACAAAGAAAGAGAAUUGGAUUUACAACGGCAGCUCAACCAGGCACUUGAUCAACUUACCCAGCUUCAACAUACACACGACGAUGCUCAAGCACAACUCUUGAACCACAAUCAGAAAUAUGACGAGGAAGUGGUGGGCAAAUUGGCCGAGUUGGAUAUUGUGAUGAUGGAUUUGGAGCGAGCCAAUGGUCGUAUUGUCGAGUUAGAGAGGAAGAACGAUGAUUUACGUGAGGAAUUGGAUGCCACGCGAUCAGAAUCCAAGGAUGUAAACGAGAAUGCCGAUACCCAGCAACAAGAUGCAGCGAUCUCAAAGCUUAUCAAAGAUGUGGAUACUUAUAAGGACUUGUUGCAAAAGACUGAGACACGGCUAUCCAAACGUGUUAAGGAGCUUUCAUCAGAAGUCAAGUCCCUGCAUGAAGAGAAAGAGACGCUAUCAAAGAAGUUGCAAGGAUUUGACGAUUAUGAUGAUAUCAAACGUGAAUUGCAGAUCAUGAAGUAUGUUGAAUUUGGAGAUGAAGAGGGAUUUGACGCCCAGGAUGUAUUGAAGGAAGAGGAUCACCAAAUGCGUGAGAGCCUUGAAGUACGCCUUAUGGAAAAGAACAAGCGCUUGGAGAACGAGUACACGCAGCUUAAGGUGUCAUUUUCGAAUCUUGAGAGCGAGUUGGAGGAAAAGGGCAAGAUCUAUGAUGAGCUCAAGAACAAGAAUUCCAAUUUGGCAAGCCUUGUACAGCGUCUAGAGGAAGAUCUACUACGUCUCGGUCAAAAACCAGCAACCGAAUCAUUGGUGGAUGAGCUGACACGGACACCAUCAAGCACCAAUCUCGCCACUUCCAACAGCCAGCCAAGAACACCUGAUUAUGGAUCUCCUCGUGUUAGUUACGAUGCUAAUAGCAACCCCAACAAAGAAGACAAGAGCAUCCUUCCUAUUGUCAUGAGCCAACGUGAUCGUUUCCGACAACGCGCAGCAGAGCUUGAGGAGCAAACUCGGAAUUUGGAGGUCAAAUUGCAGGAUAUGCAUGGAGAGGUUGACACGUUGAAACAAGACAACCUAAAGCUAUAUGAGCGACUACGCUUUGUGCAUGUUUGGAAGGAGGAACAAAAUCGAGGAACAGUGAAUCGAUCCACAUCAAUCAACAUGGCAAGCUCUUCUAGUGGUCACCGAGACGUGCGGAGAGGAUCAAUCAACAAAGGACACGAUGACCCAACCGACAAAUAUGGAAAGAUUUAUGAAGAAAGCAUGAAUCCAUUUGUGCAAUUCCAUCGGAAGGAAGAGACACGUCGAUACAACGCAUUGAAUCCAGCAGAGAAACUCACAUUCAAUUUAACGAGGAUGCUCUUCUCUCAUCGAUGGUCACGUUACUUCCUCAUCAUUUACUCCUUGCUGUUGCACUUGUUGGUGGUUGUUACUUUAUAUCAGCUUAGUCUCUGGGAAUGCCGGCACGAUCAUGAAACAAUCAACCUACCCACACUUAAUGAAGACCCGGUUGGAGCAGCAUUCAAACCCGAUCCCAAGCUCUAG